AAUUCAUUCUAUAUAUUUCCUUCCAUUACAUUUAUAAUAACUUUAUUUUUAAAAUUUUUAAAUCGUUCAGUUAUUUGGCUUAAUUCGUCUUUAUGUGUCAUUGUGUGAUGUUGUCACUGACAGAUACAUUUUUACAAUAAAACACGUAAAUUAUGCCAGAGAGUAAGGGUUCAGUGUCAAUAAACUUUGAGGAGGUUGCUCUUAAGCUGAAUAGACUUCUGAGCAUCUUCAAAAGACAAGAAGAUGAAAAAAUCGACUUAUUAUUCGUGUGCACUGGAAAAUCGCAGUCUGAAUCGAAUUCUACAACUUCAGAACUUUUACAGUUAUGGUUGACGGGGUUUCAAUUCCCAGAAACCUUAAUAGUUUUCACAUCUGAUGGAAGACUUUCAAUCCUGACUUCCCCUAAAAAAGGGCAAUAUUUGGAACCUUUGGUUAAACAUUACGAAAAGGUUAAAUUCUACCACAGAGUACCAGGCCAAAAUGACGAACCUUCACUAAAUAAAAUUUUUGCGUCAUUUAACGGCGUAAUUGGAGUGGUAAAUGACCCGAAGCCCUUGGGUGACUUUUCAGACUUCUGCCUUGACUACGUAAAGGAUUUUGCACGCAGAGAUGUCUCAAUUGAUGUCUCAACAAUCAUGGCAGUGAGAACAACACUUGACCUGGAAAUCCAAAAGCAGUCAGCACAACUAUCAUGUAGUGUGAUGAAAAGCUUACUAAUAAACCAAAUUGAAGAAGUGUUGGAUUCAGAGUCGAAGAAAACACAUUCGUCCAUAGUAGCACAAGCCCUAAACAUACAAAAAGAUCCGAAGUUUCUGGAAAAAAUGGAAAAAAAGUUCAACAUGAGGGGUGGUGAUAUGGAAGUGAUAUACGGGAAUGUGCAGAGUGGAAGUAAUUAUUUGCUUUCAAUUGGAGCUAAACCGACUGAUGAUGAUCUUUCCCACGACCCAGGCACAAUUAUCGUCUCAGUGUGUUCAAAAUACACCGAAAUGUGCUCAUGCCUAACCAGAACAUUAAUACUCGAUGGAACACAAUAUAUGAAAGAUGUGUAUAAGUUGGCCUUGAAAGUUUUCGAGUAUUCACUUACAGUAUUGAAACCAGGAGUGACUUUCGGCUCAGUUUACUCCAACGUCUACGACUUUGUCGCGAAGGAGAAACAGGGUCAUGAAGACUAUUUAACAAAGUCACUUGGUCACACUAUUGGGCUUGAAUUCAAAGACUCCAACUUCCUCAUCACCUCCGAUAACACAAACUUGAUACGGGAUAAUAUGGUGUUUCAUUUGAGUGUUGGAUUUCUGGAGAUACACGAAGGGAAGAAAUUUGCCGUAUGGAUUGGAGACACAGUCCACGUGUCGACCACAGCAGGAGUCACAGUACUAACCUCGUUUGUAAGCAAGGGGUUGGAAAACGUUUCCUACGAAUUAGAAGAAGAGGAGGAAGAGGAGGAAGAGAAAGAUGAAGAUGAAAAGGAGAAAAAACCAGUCGUAUCCUCACAAAUACUCAAAGACGCUGAGACUGUGAUACUAAAGGAGAGGUUGAGAAAUAGAGGUGGAGUAAGCAAGGAGGAGAUGGAGAGUUUAUUGGCACACCAGAAGAAGUUAAGAGAGCUUAAGAUUGAAGAGAUAACAAGGCGAGUGAAAGAUGGUUCAGGCCUUGCAGGUGACUCGAAACAAAAACAAGUCGUUAAAAUGGACAAAAUCAAAGUCUUUCAAAGUCCCGAUUACUUCUCAAAUGAACUAACACCCAACAAAAUAUUCGUUGAUUGGAGAAAUGAAGUAGUCAUGUUGCCAGUGAAUGGGUAUCACUUGCCAUUUUCAGUCAUGAUGAUCAAGAAUGUGACGUGCAAUCCUGAGAAUAAUAACCUCUACAUGCUGAGAAUUAACUUUCAGGUCCCAGGAUCACACACAUAUACAGCAAAAACUGAUCAAAACCCUCUACCAGAUCUACAACAAGAAAACUCAAUAUUCAUUAAAGAAGUGUUAUACAAAUCCAAAGAUGUCAAGCAUUUACAAAAUGUGUUUAAGAGUUUGAAAGAACUGAUUAAGCAGAUGAAACAGAGAGAAAACGAUGAUAUGGGCUUAACAUUGGCAGACCAAGAGAAGUUGAACUUGAAUAGAACAGGAAAGAGGAUAGUUCUGAAGGACCUCAUGAUCAGACCAUCAGUACACGGCUCAAGACGUGUCCUGGGAUUUCUAGAAGCACAUCACAAUGGAUUAAGGUACUUGGUGAAUUCUAGAGAUAGAGUUGAUAACGUUGACAUAUCCUAUGCCAAUGUACGCCAUGCAAUAUUCCAGCCGUGUCAAAGAGAACUGAUAGUACUCUUACAUUUCCACUUAAAGUCGCCAAUUCUAGUGGGGAAGAAGAAGACGUUGGACGUACAGUUCUUCUCAGAAGUCGGAACUCAAAUAGAUGACCUGGAUAACAGAAGAGGAAGAUCGUACAACGACCCAGAUGAAACGCUGGAGGAAAUGAGAGAAAGGGAACUUAAAAGAAAGUUUAACACCGAUUUCAAACAAUUCGUGUCACAACUAAAGGAAGUCACCACAAUGAAAGUUGAUUUACCAAUAAGGGAGUUGAUGUUUACUGGAGUACCACUGAAAUCUAAUGUGGAACUGCUACCAACAGUGAACUGUUUAGUACACCUGGUGGAGUGGCCACCAUUUGUUUUACCACUCAGUGACAUUGAAAUUGUGUCACUUGAAAGAGUACAACACGGAUUGAGAAAUUUUGACAUCGUAUUCGUCAACAAGGAUUACUCAAAACCAAUUAAAAGAGUUGAUUUAGUCCCAAUAGAAUACCUAGAUACAAUAAAGAGAUGGCUGAAUGAGUUGGAUAUUGUGUGGUAUGAAGGAAAGAAUAACCUCCAGUGGACUAAUAUACUGAAAACAAUACUAGAGGAUACAGAGGCGUUUGUAGAGAGCGGAGGCUUUGACGGUUUCCUCGGAGAAGGGGAUGACGAGGAGGAAACGGGAGAGGAGGAAGACGAUGAGGACGAGGAGUAUAAAGAUGAGGAAACUGAUGAAGAGGAGGAAGAUAGCGAGGAAGAUUACAGUGAGUCAUUAGCUGAUGAAGAUGAGGAAGAUGAGGAGGAAUAUGAAGACGAAGAAGAUGAAGGUCUUUCAUGGGAUGAAUUGGAAGAAAGAGCCAAAAAAGCCGAUGCAGGCAGAGUCUACGAUGAUAGAAAAGCUAAACGUAGAAAGUGA